GAAGGACUUGCGCCUAGCAAAAUCGUUGCCGGUAGAACGUUUGCGAGGCUUGUGCGCGGCGGCCGGGGUGCCGUUUGGCGUUUCUUGGCUCCCUCGUGCUGGGGGCCUCGCUUCUCGUCGGAGCCUCUGGUAUCGCGAGAGGUCGCGCCGAACCCGGAAAAGCCUCAGCAUGUCUGACAACGAGGAUAAGUAAGGGACCCUCGUGAGGGGAAAGGGAUGGGGGUGGGUCGCUGGGGUUUCUGUAGGCAGCAGCGGUGGUAUUUACGCAGGGCGCUUAUUUUGUGCUGUGCCGCUGGAUUCCCAAAUAUUAAACGCCAUUAUUGACAUUAUUCUUAUUACGUCCUCCCUCCAGGGAACUCAGGGAAGCCUACCUGGUUAUUCCUAUCCACAUUCUAUCCACACAACAACCCUGUGAGGUGGGUUAGAUGGAGAGAGAGGGACUGGCCAAAACUCAACCAGUGAGCUUCAUGGCUGACCAACAGUUUUGUGGUGGUGAUGGCCACAAAAGUUCGAUGAUUUUAGAAGAGGAUCGACCAAAUAUUGCCAGUGACUAUUGGCCACAAUGGCUAUGCCCUGCUGCCACAGUUGGCACCAGUAAUCUCUUUCAAUACCAGUUUGUAGAACUACAGGAGGGGAGCAUGGGAUUUUUGGGGGGGGAGGACUUUUGUUAGGGGAGAGGGCAGAAAUGAUGUGAUUGGUCAAUUAGUUACGUAUAGCGGUACCUCGGGUUACAUACGCUUCAGGUUACAUACGCUUCAGGUUACAGAUUCCGCUAACCCAGAAAUAGUACCUCGGGUUAAGAACUUUGCUUCAGGAUGAGAACAGAAAUCGUGCUCUGGCGGCAUGGCAGCAGCAGGAGGCCCCAUUAGCUAAAGUGGUGCUUCAGGUUAAGAACAGUUUCAGGUUAAGAAUGGACCUCCGGAACGAAUUAAGCUGCCCCCCCUGCCCCCUUUGGCUAUGUCCAUGGAGGGGAGAGCAGUCUUGUGCUUGAAUCCAGAUUUUGGUAGGUGGUGGUUGGGUUUUUUUCUUUCCCUUUUUCUUAUACUGUAUUAAGGUGAAAAAAACUGAAAGGCUGUGAUUUGUCUGUGGUCGCUCUUUAAACUAGUUGCCAAGCUGAAACAUAAGCCAAGCAGUCAGUUCAAACUCUCAUAAAUUAAUUUGACUAUUAGCUUCCAAACCUUCCACUCAAUGCAAUGGAAAGGAUUGUGAGAAUAAGGUGCAUUGUUUACAUAGAGGUACAUGCUAUGUAUCUCAUGUCAUGGCAGCCAUGCUCAUAAGUUUCUCACCUCAUAUUAUGUAUAGUAUUUUGAACUGGUCCAAAGUGUCUUAAAGUUGGAAGGAAUCCAGUGAGUCACAUUAGGCCUUGAAGCAGGACUAGUGGCCCACAAACUUUGACUAGCCACUACUGCAUGUUGCCACCAACCUUUCCCCAAGUCUUCUGCGAUAUGCAAAAGAUUCAUGCUGGGAUUUGGAGAUUCUUGGAAGAUGUACGAGAGCUGUGAUGGCAGGUUUCAGUUCUCCAAUCUUGGAAGCCUUGGCAAAGGAGAUGAGUUGAACAUAUUUUGUUGAUGAUUUUGCAAAGGGAAUCUUGCUGUUAGUAAAGUUUAAGCAAGAUACAGUAACUAGCCAAUUCCACAAAAAGUUAUUUGAGUAUUUAGUGGCUAUUAUGAAAACAAGCAAGAGAGUAUUUGAAGACAGUGAUGUAGUAAGAUUUGAGCUCUGAAAUUUUAUAUAAGCCUUUGAUACAUUUCUUCCUCAGUUUUGAUGGAGAUGAUUUUGAUGAUGUGGAGGAAGAUGAAGGACUGGAUGAUCUGGAAAAUGCUGAGGAGGUAAGUGACUUCAGUAUAUGAUGUCCUAUAGCCUAUGUAAACAUCCCAACAUUUACCUGCAGUUCUUGUAUCUGUGUCUGUAACCUGUACCUGCACGGUUCCUAUGUCUAACGUCAACAACUCCUCCAAAACUCAUGUGAUGAGAACAAUAGAAAAAGAUUAGGGAACAAGUUCUAAUCUAUUAAGGUGAACAUAUCUCAUAGCCUUUCUUUUUUUUGGAAAUGGUAAAACUUAGUCUUCUGUGUUAAUCAAAUAAAUACUUCUCUCUAAUGGUUUUCCUCUUUCAUUUUUUUUUUUUUUAAAGCAAUUUAUUGAAUUUUACAAUAGGAAAAAAUGUAAUAAACAAUAUAACAUUCGUCUUAACAUAGUUUCACAUUUUCUUUGGACUUCCUCGCAUCUCCCGCUCCCACCUUCAUCAUUAUAACAUUUUGUCAGCAAUUUAUCAUCUUAUUUAAGUUCUUAUAUCUCUUCGAUAUUUCAUAAUCUUAAAGUUCUCAUAAAGAGUUAAACUUUCACAGUUUUUCUUACUUUCUUAAAAACUUCUAAGUUAAGUGGUGCUCAGUUAUUUAGUCUAGCAUCUUAUUCAGCAUUCAGUCAAAUCACAAUGCUUUUGUAGAUAGUUCUUAAAUUUCUUCCAAUCCUCCUCGAUUCUCUCUUCUCCCAGGUCACGGAUUCUGCCAGUCAUUUCAGCCAGUUGCAUAUAGUCUAUCAGUUGCAUCUGCCAUUCUUCCAGUGUGGGUAGAUCUUGAGUUUUCCAAUGUUUUGCGAGUAGUAUCCUUGCUGCUGUUGUUGCAUACAUAAAAAUGUCUGGUCCUUCUUUGCCACCCCUUGGCUGACAAUACCCAAAAGGAAAGCCUCUGGUUUCUUAGUGAAAGUAUAUUUAAAUACCUUUUUCAAUUCAUUAUAAAUCAUUUCCCAGAACGCCUUCACUUUAGGGCAAGUCCACCAGAGGUGAAAGAACGUUCCUUCACACUCUUUACAUUUCCAGCACUUGUUAUCAGACAGGUGGUAAAUUUUUGCGAGUUUGACUGGGGUCAUAUACCAUCUAUAAAUCAUUUUCAUUACAUUUUCUUUCAAAGCAUUACAUGCAGUAAAUUUCAAUCCAUUACUCCACAGCCUUUCCCAGUCCUCAAACAUAAUAUUAUGCCCAAUAUCCUGUGCCCACCUUAUCAUAGCCGAUUUAACCAUUUCAUCUUGUGUAUUCCAUUCCAACAGCAAGUUAUACAUCCUUGAAAGUAUCUUAGUCUUUGGUUCUAACAAUUCUGUUUCUAAUUUCGAUUUCUCCACCUGGAACCCUAGUUUCUUAUCAUUUUUAAAAACUUCUUUAAUCUGAGCAUAAUGUAACCAAUCUCGCACUUUGUCUUUCAUUUUCUCCAAACUCUGCAAAUUCCAAUUGUCUCCAUCUUUUUCUAGUAUUUCCCAAUAUUUUGGCCAUUUGGCCUCCAUAUUGGGUCUUUUUCGGGCCUUAGCUUCCAAAGGUGAAAGCCACCUUGGUGUUUUAUUUUCCAGCAAGUCUUUAUAUUUUGUCCAGACAUUAAACAGUGAUUUUCUAACAAUAUGGUUCUUAAAGGCCUUAUUUGCUUUAACUUUGUCAUACCAUAAAUAUGCAUGCCAUCCAAAAACAUUGUUAAACCCUUCCAAAUCUAACACAUCAGUGUCUUCAAGAAGUAGCCAAUCUUUUAGCCAGCAGAACGCUGCGGCUUCGUAAUACAAUUUUAAGUCCGGCAGGGCAAAGCCCCCUCUUUGUUUUGCAUCAGUUAAUAUCUUAAACUUAAUUCUGGGCUUUUUGCCCUGCCAGACAAACUUCGAGAUGUCUCUCUGCCACUUCUGAAAGCACUCCAUUUUGUCCAAAACCUGAAGUGUUUGAAAUAAAAACAACAUUCUUGGCAAUACAUUCAUCUUAAUCGCAGCAAUUCGGCCUAACAAAGAAAGUUUCAAUUUUGACCAACUGUCUAAGUCUCUCUUAAUCUCUGUCCAACAUUUUUCAUAGUUAUCCUUAAAUAGACUUAGAUUUUUUGCUGUUAUGUUUACCCCUAGGUAUUUUACUUUUUAACCACAUUAAGUUCCGUCUCAUUCUGAAACCGUUCUGACUCUGUCUCAGUCAAAUUUUUUCCCAAAACCUUGGUUUUCUGUUUAUUUAAUUUAAAUCCCGCCACCCGACCAAAGUCAUUAAUCAAUUGUAAUACUCUUUUCGUACUAGGCUCUGGCUUCUGCAAGGUCAAAACCAGGUCAUCUGCAAAAGCUUUUAGUUUAUAUUGUUUCUGACCAACCUGAAUUCCUUCCACCAACUGGUCCCCUCUAAUCAUGUUCAAUAGCACUUCCAGAACCGAAAUAAAUAACAAAGGGGAGAUAGGGCAGCCUUGUCGUGUCCCUUUUUCAAUUUUGAACUCUUCUGUAACCACAUUAUUAACUAUCAGUUUAGCUUUCUGUUCUGAAUAUAUCGCCUCAAUCCCAUUCUCAAAACCCCGUCCCACUCCCAUCUCUUUUAAGUUUCCCAUCAUAAAUUUCCAAGAAAUAUUAUCAAAGGCCUUCUCCGCAUCUAUAAAAAUUAAAACUGCUUUUGUAUUUAUGUCAGUUUGGAGAAGUUCCAAGAUAUCAAUAAUGUUCCUUGUGUUAGCAAACAGAUGUCUACCUGGGAGAAAACCGGCCUGGUCCUUAUGAAUUACUUCAUUUAAAACUUUUUAAAUCUACUUGCCAAAAUAUCUGCAAAUAUUUUGUAAUCCACAUUUAAAAGGGAGAUGGGACGGUAGUUCUUCAGUUGUGUCUUUUCAGCUUCUGACUUUGGUAUCAAUGUGAUAAACGCUUCCUUCCACGAAUCCGGUGCCCUCUUCCCCUCCAUAAUUUCAUUGCUAACCUCCAUCAAGGGUUGUAUCAAAUAGUCUUUUAGUGUCUUAUAAUACUUGGAGGUCAGCCCGUCUGGCCCUGGAGAUUUGCCAAGUUGCAUGUUCUGAAUAGCUUGUUCAAUCUCCUGUCGUGUUAUUUUAGAGUUCAGGGUUGUCCUAUUUUCUUGUGACAGUUUAGAUAAUCCAUUUUUGGCAAAAAUUGUUUAAUCUCGACUUCGUCUUGCGGCCCUUGGGUAUAUAGUUUUUAAAAUAUCUCUGGAAACACUUUCUAAUGUCCACUGGAUUCUGAAUGUUUCUUCCAUCGACCUCUAAAUUUGUAACCGUAUUUAAUCUUUGUCUUCUCUUCAACUGCCAAGAUAGCAGUUUUCCACAUUUAUUCGCCGACUCAAACGUUUUUGUUUCAUUAAUUUAAUCUUCCAUUCAAUUUCCUGAUUUAUCAAUUUAGAAUAUUGUGUUUGAUACAGUUUAAUUUCUCUCAGAGUUGGCUGUGACUUUGGAUUCACUCUUAAUUUCUUCUCUAAUUCUUUUAUUUUAUCCAAAAUCUUGUCUUUUUCUCAUUUUGUGUUUUUUCUUUACUACAUUCUGUUGUAUCAGGAAUCCCCUCAUGACAGCUUUGCUUGCGUCCCAGACGAUUCUUUUUCCACCGAAUUGUUCAUGUUUAUCUCGAAAUAGUCUUUCAAAACUUUUUGGGCCUUCUUGGUAAUUUCCUGAUCUCUAAACAAAUUGUCAUUCAUCUUCCAUCUAAAGGAUCCAGUUGGUAGUAGUGUCAUAUCCAUCUUUACUGCGUUGUGGUCAGAGCAGGUCUUUGGGCAGAUUUCCACUUUUCUAACCCUAGGUGCCAGGCCUCUAGAGAUCCAUAUUUGGUCGAUUCUUGUCCAGGUCAGUUGGGCUUCAGAAAAGAAUGUUCCUUCUCUACCUAGUGGGUUCUUUGUUCUCCAAAUGUCAAUCAAGUCCAUAUUGUCAGUCAUUUCAAAAAGGUUUUAGGUAGUCUGCCAUCUUUUGUGACAUUUUGACUUUGCGACUUGUCCAUGUUAGUUGACACGACCCCGUUCAUGUCUCCCAUCAUUAUGAUGUUGUUGUAAUCCAGAUGAUCCAGCAUUGUCCCCUGCAACUUCUUGUAAAAUUCCGAUUUCCCUUCAUUGGGCGCAUAGAUUCCUAAUAUCAACAGUUUCUCUCCUUGAUAUUGUAUCUCAAUGGCCAAAAUCCUUCCAUGUUCAUCUUUAAAUAGAAAUUUAGGUGACAGGCUCUCUUUUGCAUAUAUCACCACUCCUCUCUUCUUCACUUUGUCCGACGAAAUAAAUUCCUGGCCCAAUCUUUUAUUUAUUAACACUUUUCUGUGGAGCCUCGUCACAUGUGUUUCUUGUAAACAAAUAAUGUCCAAUUGUUCUUUUUUAAUAUAUGAAAUAUUUUCUUCCUUUUCUCCGGAAUAUUGCAACCAUUAAUGUUCCAGCUCAACAGUUGCAGAGACAUCCUGGAUCUGUCUGGUUAUUUCUCCCGGGGUGGUGUCUUCUCUGGGUCUUCAAGCUCCCCAGGUGGAGGUAUUGACGCUGGCUUUGCCCCAGGCCCGGAAGGUAGUUCAAUUCCUUUAUGUAGGUCCUCUCCGUAUGUAGCCAGAAAUUUAUCUCUCUCUUCCAAUGUUCUAAUUUUGACCUUUCUCGCUCUAAAGGUAAAAGAUAAUCCUUGGGGAAAUUCCCACCUGAAUGGAAUUGCGUUGCUCCUUAGUAGUUUAGCAAGUUCAGAGUAGGCGGCUCUAAGGUCCAACAGUUGUCUUGGGAUAUCUUUAUAUAUCUCAAUUCUUCUAUCCAAAACCUCCAGUGACUUUUCGUAAUGUAGACCCAAAAUCUUAUCCCUUUCCUCCUUCGAUCUCAAUGUAAUCAAACAAUCCCUGGGCCUCUCCUUCUUUAUAAAUCUUCCAAGUCUGAAAGCUGACACAAUUUUAAAGUCCUUUUCUUCCAAAUUCCAGAACUUGGAAAGUUCUUUGGUCAAAAACUCAGUUAGAUUUCCUUCUUCUGCCUCUUGUAAUGAUCUAAUCCUCAAAUUAUUCUCACGAUUUCGCAGUUCUAUCAUAGAAAGAUAAGUCUGAUGUUCCCCAACUUGUUUAGUGAGUGGUCUUACCUCUUGCUCUAAAUUUUCCAAUUUUUGUCUGGUAUCCUCAGCCAAUUUUCGGUUUUCUACUGAGGCCUCCGUCAACUGUCCAAUUGCUUGUGUAUUCUGUCCCACCUGUGUAGUUAAUUUGUUUAGACAGUCUGUAUUUUUAUCAAUCUUUGCUGAUUGCGCAUCUACUUUCUUGUCCAAAGCUUCCAAUUUUUCAAAGAUUUUUCUAGCACAGAAACAGAUGAUCCUGAGGCCAUAUCUUCCAAUUGUAACUGCUCUGCUUCACCCUCUCCCUCUUUUGCCUGUGGCAAGUCAGCUUCUUCAAGUUGUACUUCUGAGGGCAAAGUAGGCACAGAUGAUCUACGUGUCUGCGAGGCUGAGGUUAGAGUUGUUAGAGUUGUUUGUCUAACUCUUCCUCUUCUUCUUGUACCACUCAUUCCAAUGUUAUCUAUCAGUCAAGGUCACACUGAGUUUUUCCCACAGGAAUAGAAAGGCCCAGAGCAAGCAAACAACAAGGGAAUCGAAAGUAAAUGUAUUUGUAAAGUCACUGUUUUAAUCCAAUCCUCUAGAGGGAGCUUAAGAUGUCUUUCAGAGUCUGAUUUAAUGUCCCAGAACCUUCCAAUAUAAGUAUUAAGCAGAGUUUAAAAGUAAUCACUUUGUUGCAGACAGUGCUUAUUUGUCUCCAAAAAGAAUGUUUCAAAUUUAAAAGGUCUCAAUACCCUCAGAUUGUUGCAACUUCUAAUAUACAGUAUCCAAAUCAACACUGACAGCUCGCUCUUACAGUGCUCAAGCAAUCCUGACUCUGGGUUUCACCUUCCAAUUUGUAAUCCAAUAAAAGGGGGAAGUCAAGUACAAAUAAAAGAUCCAAAUCUUUAACUUACUAGUUUUACUUUAAAUUGUAAGUUCCAUAGAUGCUUGGCUGUGUAGAGUUUAAAGUCUCUUUCUUUCAGCCUCCACUCCUCCGCCUUAGUUGCUUUUUUCCAAGUUCAAUGGCAGCGGAAGACGGACUUCCUGUUUCCACGUCUCUCCGCUUUCAGCCAAAUUCAAGCCAAAUUAAACCUUCUCAUUUAAAAUUUGUAAUUCCAAGUGAUUCAGUCUUUACUCACGAGUAAGUUGUUUUCUUCCAGGUCCGAAUUUUAACAGGAAAAGGGAUCAGCGCUCACCGGCAGCAGCAGCGCGGCUUCACUCCGCUGACUGUGAAACGGCUCACAGCGCCGCAACCCCCCUCCACGCUCCGGAGCCCCUUACGAGGCUCCUUCUGCAGUUGGAGGGCUGCUCUUGGCGCCCGCCGAGCCUCAGGACCCCAGGCUCUUGCUGCCUGGGGUUUUUCUCGUUGGGUCUCCGCUUCGCCGUAGCGGACGACCCGAUUUCAGCGGAGCUUCUUCUCCCGUCGGGAGAAGACCGCCAUUGCCGUUCGCGCCGCCCCCCGGAAGCCAAUGGUUUUCCUCUUUCAGACCUUUAUUUUAAAAUAUUUUAUUGAAAUCUUCUCUGUAGAUUUGAAUUUGAUCUCAAGUGGCUUAACAACUAAUAUACAUAUAACUCUGUGAAUAUGGUUAUAAUUCCUUAUAUUUGUGUUACAGGAGGGUCAGGAAAAUGUAGAAAUCCUCCCCUCUGGAGAACGCCAGCAGGCAAACCAGAAGCGAAUCACCACUCCUUAUAUGACCAAAUAUGAGCGUGCCAGAGUUCUUGGUACACGUGCCCUCCAAAUAGCGUAAGUAUGAUUUUGGUCCAGGAAUAUGGAUAUUCGUCAAUGAGAAUUGGUAGAACUUAUUUCAUAUGUUUAAAGUUACUUCUGUUUAGAUCUACACCUAGUUCUUAUCUCAAUCCUCUCCCCCUCAGAAGAUUUGGCGUUCCAACCAAGGAUAAUACCCAUGUGCUAUAAAGCAAGUUAGGUGUUUUAGCCAAAUCCCAGAAGGUUUUAGGCUUUUUCUAUAAUUUUCUGCCCCCUUCUUUUGCCCCAUUGUGCAACAGUGCCCCUCCAGAAAGCAAUAAUAGAAUAACAUUUGGGAAGCAUUUCAGAACAACUAAUGAAGUGGAAUGAUGUGUGGAUGGGCCAGUAACACACGGUUAUUGUGACAGUGACAUGUUGCAGAAUACACCCACACAAAACUCUGGUCUUGAGGGGCCACAUGUGUGUCAACUACACAUGCAGUGGAUCACCAAAAGAAGUAAGCUGUGCAUAAGGGGUGACAAAGAACAGGUUGCAUAUAAUCUGCCAUCCACUGAAAGCUUUUCAUAUGAGCAUGUGAAAUUUCACCUUUUACUCUGGUUCUAGGUUUUCAUAUAAUUCCAGUCCGUUAUAUUGUCAUAAAAUGUAGGUAUCUCAUUUUUCUAGAGUGAUGUUAUGGAGAUGUGCUUUAAAGUAUCUAAGAUAAGGGGUGGUGGUGGUCUUUUUUAUUAUGGGUCCACAAACAAGCAAACAAUAAAUGCAUUAUAAACAACAAAAAACCUGAAAAGGUUAAAACUUAAAAUAAUUUAAGCAUCAACUCAAUUAAAAAAAAUGUUUAUACUUAAAAUAGUGGAAAUGAAAGGGAAAAACAAAUUUAUCAGCUUACAUACUAAUUAUAUAACAAAAUGGUACAUAAUAUUUCAUUUUUUCUCUUCAUAUUUUAUGUUCUUGUAGUUAGUAAAUACAUUUCAUUUUUCAGUGAAUGUAUAUGAUGCACAAUCUUCUUUACAUUGAUAAGUAAGCUUAGUCAAGGAGAAAAGUGUUUUCUUCUUCUUAAAGAGGUUCCCAUUCUGUAUCUCUGAGUUAAUACCUGUUGCUGCAUAACUUAAUAUGCCAUGAAUACAGAAUAUAGGCCUGUAGGAGCUAGAUCAGUGUAGCAUGCAUAGUUAUUUUGCUGAGAAUGUUUCUUCAACUUCUCAUCCAGGUGUAAUAUUAGAUGUGAAUGCAGCAUUGGCUUAGUGCAUGUUUUGGUUAUAAUAAUAUACAGGUUAUUUCAUAAAAAGACCAGUAUUUCCAAGCAAUAUUAUUCAUGUGCAAACCAGAAUUUUUAGAAAGCUAAUUUGCAUCCAUAAUUGUUAAAAUAAAAACUGUCUUGAAUUUAAGGUGUAUUGUCUAGACCAGGCAUCCCCAAACUCGGCCGUCCAGAUGUUUUGGGACUACAGUUCCCAUCAUCCUUGACCACUGGUCCUGUUAGCUAGGGAUAAUGGGAGUUGUAGUCCCAAAACAUCUGGAGGGCUGAGUUUGGGGAUGCCUGGUCUAGACAUUUUGUGUGCUCUGAAUAAAUGAUGUGUGGUCCAAGUCUCUUAAGUUUCCUGGUAAAACAAUUUUUUCUAGUACAUUGAUGCUACUUAUAUUAGCACAUAAUAACUUCACUGUUCACACAAGGGAAGGUAUGAAGGGCAGGAGGUGGGAUAUCUAUCUAGGCACCAAAAUUACUACAUCUACUCCAGUCUACUGGGCAAAGAGAAAGGGAAGCUUUAGGGUGAGGUACUGAAAGUACCUUGCUUCACCUGUGUUUGUUGUUACUUGAGAUACCUGAUGUCUUGCAGAAGAUGGAGAUUUUCCCUGCUUGGCAUUCUGUAAAAUCUGGAAGUGAAAAGCAGCCCUUCUCUGCUCAGGAUUAACUGGUCACUGAAAGUGAAGUGAUGUCCAGUGUUAGGCAAUAUCUUCUGUUUAGGGCUUCAGGGAAGCACAUGGAAUCAGUGUAAUGCAAUACAGUACUCCUGAGCUGAGCCUAACAGUAUUUUUCCACAACAUUGAAAGGGCAAAAAUAAAUGUAGUUUGUAGAUACAAAAGAUCCCUGGACUGCUUUUCUCCCUGAAGUUAAUAGGAGUCCCACAUAGCGCAGUUGCUUUGAUAAGCCAGCUGAGACAUGUUUGCUGGCGCCUGUCAGAAUAAUGUGUGUGUCUGACAAUUAUACUCUCUGUCUGCUUUAUUUAUUUCAAAUAUUUCUAUUCUGCCUUUUUGCCCGCAAAAGGGCCCCUAAGGUGGCUUUCAAUUUAAAAACUACAAUAGAAAAUUUAAAAAACACAAUCAAAACAUCUCAAACAAAUAAAGCAAGUGGUAUUAAGUGACCUCAGUUAAAAUAGCAGCAAGCAGAAAUCAUGAAACUAGGUCAAAAAGCUAACAGUAGAAGGAUAAAAACACAGGUUAAAUGAAAAAUAUGGUGCAAGAUGGAAUUCACUGCCCACUCUGAACUGAGAAUAGAGUUGCUACUGCCACACAGUAUAUCCCUAUUGCUGUAAUGAUUUUGGAAUUGUUUCCCCUCCUCCCAGCAUGUGUGCCCCAGUGAUGGUAGAGCUAGAAGGAGAGACAGACCCGUUACUGAUUGCAAUGAAAGAACUCAAGUAAGUUGGAGAUUUUAACCAUGUGUGCGUGAUUUGUUGUAGAAUGCUCAGCCCUGAAAGAGGAAAGUUGAUAUAAAGCAAUGUGAAGAAGAGGGCUUCAUCCCAUCUCUUAAUAUUUGCUGUCAUUUCAUUCACACGUAGAUUACAGACAAGGCUGGUAUUGAUAUGGAGUUUAAAUGGAAAAUUCAUUUUCUUAUUAAAAGCGCAGUAGAACCUUCAUUAGCUUGAAAGCCAUAGUGCCACUUCAUAAAUUACGUAGGAGUUGUGAAAGAAGUGCUGGCGACUUGUGCUCCUGCUAUAAUGCAAGUGAGAUUCAUAACUUCAGCUUCACACAUUACAGAAGUGAUGAGAAAAAGUAUGACAAAUCAAUCAACCUUUCCUCGCAUCUGUGCUAGACUUUUAUAUAUUUCAUUUAUAGCUCGGCUUUCUCCAUAAGAGUCUAGAGAUUUGGCUCUUGUUUUCCAUAUAAUUUAGCAUCUGUACAUCUGUGUCUGUAUAACUUCGUGGAAACAAGUUUGAAUAGUCCAAACAUUAAAAGUAUGUAAGCUUGUUUUGUUGUAAGCUUGUUUUACUGCAUGUUUGAGCUGUGUGGAAGGAGUCAUGAUGAGGGGCACCAGUUACGCCAUUCUGGACACGGCUAUGUAAUGAAUUCUUGUGAUUUUUAAAGAUUUUCAUGUGGGGUUUUUUUUACUGUUCAUGUGCUGCAAGAUUAUAAGCCUGAUGUCCUGGACAAAUUCCAAGCUGGCUAAUUACAUUGUUGACCUAAAAAGUCGUACUUAGAUUAAUCUGGAUUUGAGUUUCUUUCCUUUCAGUCCUGAAAUGUUCACUUUUCCAAAUGCUUUUUUACAGCCAUUGUAUUCCACUCAAAGGUGGGGCCGUUUCAGUGGUUGAUGAGGUGUGUGAGCUCUUUAGACUCUGCUAGACAGAUGUGUUAUAGAUAGGUCAACAUGUGUCAGAUAUUUCUGUCAUCCCAGCAGGAUCUUUAUUCAAUUGUUUCUUCACCUCGGGGGGGCGGGGCAGGGAUGAUCCAUUGAUUGGGAUUCAGUAUUACUAAAUCAAACCAUUUCCUGCUGAGCUGUGGGGGAACUCAUCACUUAAUGUCAGAAGUUUUUGUAAACAUUUUGUGUGAUCUUACCCCACCAAAGUGCCCUUGGAUGCGAAACUCCAUGAUGUGGCCAAAGUGCCUUCUUCUAUAUACUUUUCUUUCCUCCCUGCAGAGCCCGGAAGAUUCCCAUAAUAAUCCGCCGGUAUCUGCCAGAUGGAAGCUAUGAAGAUUGGGGUGUGGAUGAGCUAAUUAUCACAGACUGAUCAGCUAUCCUUCUGUGCUCUGACUUCACUUUGACUGCAGAUGUUUUUAUUUUUGUGUAAAUAAAUACUAAAACCCCACUAUAAAUGUUUAGUUGCUUACUUGUUCCUCUUACAACUUAAUUCCGUGAAGAGGUCGUAGUAUCCUUUUUUCCUUUCUGUUUUUCUGGAGCUUCUAGGCUACUUGGCCUAUUGCUAGAUUUGAGCUUUGAAAUACUACAUCAGCAAACUAGUUGAGGACCACAAGAACAGACUCUCAUGUACUUGUUUCUGACUGCCAUGUUGUAUAUUUAAGUGUUUUUUAAAGUGAUUGUGCAGCUGCCAGGCCGCCAGGUGCCCUCUAAGGCAAUUGAGAGACACCCUCCCCCCUGCCCAACCCACACCCUUUUCCAGGGGCCUGUAGUAGAGGAGACCUUUCUCUUGUCUGCCAGCAGACAGACAUGCCUUUGUGCCUGGGAACAAGUUGCCUUGGAAACCCCCAAUUUCCCCUCUGAUCAGGGCUGGCUCUGUGGGCUUCUCAGGAGUAUCACAGAGCAACUCUCAUCAAAUCUCCCAUUGUUCCCUUCUUCUGCCCCAGCUUCUUAUCAAUCAACAGGAUCCCCUUACAGUGGCAGUUCUGCAGCAGAAAGCACAGUUGCCUCUAUGAAUCCCAACCCAGUGAGGCUCUGUUUUACAUCUUUAGGUAUAAACUAUGAUUUACGGUAUGUAUCAGUGCACCUCUUUCCCACAGAUCCCAUCAUAGCCUUAAUGUAAGUACAUCUGGUCCUCCUAUUGUAAGGAAGUGAGGUUCUUAAAUUUUAGUGAAUCAACCACUAUUGAGGCAGGGAUCUGUUUGAGGCACUCUGUGGGUAACAAAUGGAAAUAUUCACUUUUGGAAAAAAACAAAAUAGAAAAGAGCAGCUAUUUGGAUGCUUCUGGAUGGGUUUCUGUGUUAGUCUGUUCUGGAAAAAAUAACAGUGUCUUUUGGCAUCUUAAAGACUGACAAAUUAAUUGUGUCUCUUCAUUGUUUUUGCUGUGUAUCUUAGAUCUAAAGAUCUGCAUAUAGCACUAAUUCCAGAUUUUAGGUACUGAAAGCAGAUUUUAAAGCAACAACCAUCCUUUAAAAACCACCCUUUAAAAACAGCACCACCUUUAAAUUGCUGCACUGCAAGUUUUAAAAAGCAGUUGGUGGUAACCUGUAAAAGUGUCAGAAACAAAACAUCUUAAGCGGAUGACAAAGCUACAAAGUGGGUGGACAACUGAAGUUCCCUGGGCAAAGAAUUCCAGAAGUGAGUUUUUAAUAAUUUGGGGUGGGGGAGAGAACCACUCCUAACUAUACUAUGCUCUUACAGACUCCACCAAAUGUAAGCCACUCUGUGAUCAUCAAAGGAAAGGUGGUAUAUAAAUGUAAUAAAUCAAAAUAAAUACAUCAUGAGUUACAG